AUGGAUAUGAAACUAUGUCAUAACGAAAUUGAAAUAAAGAAGAAAGCAAAUAGGAUUCAAUUUUCGAGCAGUGACGAUAAAUAUCUUUGUUACAUAUCUCCUACUAAAAAAAGAGCCAGAUUAAUUUCUAAUUCUGAAAUUGAAAGCGGAGAUGAGAACGCCUCCAUUCCAUUGUCGAAAAUUCAUAUUACUGAUGUAUGGAAGAAUGAUCAAGUUCACGUAUCAUGUAAUAAAAAUAGAUUUUACAAACACUUCCGCGUGAAAUGUCAAUACGUUAUAGAGUGUGAGUCUGCAACAGGUGUGCAACAGGUGCGCAAGAGACGAUUCCGAAGCCAAUACAUAAGCAACAGGUGCGUCAUCAAUUCUUCGCACAAUAACGCUACAAAUGGCACUUACAAAGAAGUGAAUGCUGCAAAAGCGGCACAACUUGUGCCAUACUUGAAUUUGCAAGAGAACACAUUGAUACACUGUCAUGGUUUCAUAGAAUCUACAGAUUCCCCCCAAGUUGUGGCACUUAUAAAUGGUUACAAAGCUGGUUCUAAUUACAAUGUCAUAGGUGUAGAUUACAGGUAUGUCACACAUGUAGAUUAUUUAUCGGCAGCUCUCCUUGUCGAUAGUGUAGCUACAGUUGUUGUUCGAAGUAUAAACGAUAUGGUCGCGGCUGGAAUGAAUCGAACUAAACUAAUAGCCUCAGGAUUUUCUUUGGGUGCUCAAGUCUCCGCUUUCAUUGGACGCAAAUUAACCUUCGUUCUACCAAAGAUAAUAGGAGUAGAUCCAGCCGGACCUUUGUUUAAUUUUGUCUCCCCCUCGCUAUCUGCAUCUGAUGCGGCUUGUGUAGUAUGUAUUCAUACUGAUAUGGGUUUCUAUGGAACUCCUCAACCCUGCAACCACAUAGACUUCUAUCCAAACGGUGGCAUGAGAGAACAUCCUGGUUGUUCACCGUUAUAUCUUGAAUAUCCCGGAGGCUCAUGCAGCCAUGUCAGGGGUGAGGAAUUUAUGACAGAAGCAGCAAAAAAUCCGAACGCUUUCAUCGGUGUAAAGUGCAAUAGUUUGAAUGACUUUAAAGAUGGCAAUUAUAAUUUGACUGAUACAAUACCUAUGGGAGUCACUACACCAUGCUCUGCGUCGGGUAAAUUCUACUUCCAAACAAAUAGAGUAUCUCCGUUUGCGAAAGGUUCAGAUGGUGUUGUGUAUCAAAGUUGAUUGAAAUAAAACAUACUUCACUCUUGCUUUUUAGUUUAAACACUUCGUGUAGUUUGAUUUAUGUAGAGAUGUGUACUGCGAUCUUGUAGAUUCAAAUAAACGUUGCAUGCAAAAAGUGUAAUAAAAUCUUAUCACUCCCA